AUGCGUCGCGACAAGUACGAAAAGGAGCUGCUGGUCGCCCAGCUCGCCGUCCAGCGCGCCUCCAUCCUCACCAAGCGCGUCUUCCACGAAAAGGCAAAGGGCACCGUCGACAAGAACGACAAGUCGCCCGUCACCAUCGGCGACUUUGGCGCCCAGGCGCUCAUCAUCGCCGCGCUGCAGCACAACUUCCCCGACGAUGCCAUUGUCGCCGAGGAGGAGUCUGCGAAGCUCAGGGAGGAUGAGAACCUGAGGAGCACCGUCUGGGAGCUGGUCAGGGACACGAAGCUGGACAGCCCCGACGCCGAGGCGCUGCUGGGAGGGCCGAUCAAGGACGCCGACGCCAUGGUCGAGCUGAUUGACAAGGGAAACAGCCCCGGCGGCUCUCAGGGGCGCAUCUGGGCCAUUGACCCCAUCGACGGCACAAAGGGCUUCCUCCGAGGCGGCCAGUACGCCGUGUGCCUCGCCCUCAUGGUGGACGGCGACGUCAAGGUCGGCGCCCUGGGCUGCCCCAACCUGCCCGUCGACGACGCGGCCCGCCUGACGGCCGGCAUCGGCGAGAACCAGACCGACGAGGGCCACGGCGUGCUCUUCUCCGCCGUCCUGGGCCAGGGCGCCACGAGCCGGCCCCUCGCGACGGUCAGCCUCGAUCCCAACGCCGGCACGCCCAUCUCCAUGCGCGCCAUCGACGACCUGACAAAGGCCAACUUUUGCGAGAGCGUCGAGGCGGGCCACUCCUCCCACGGCGACCAGGCCGCCAUCUCGCAGAAGCUGGGCAUCACCGCGCCGAGCGUGCGCAUGGACAGCCAGGCCAAGUACGGGUCCAUUGCGCGCGGCGCGGGCGACAUCUACCUGCGUCUGCCCGUGAGCGCGACGUACCAGGAGAAGAUUUGGGACCACGCCGCGGGCGACUUGAUUGUGCGGGAGGCCGGCGGCCAGGUGACGGAUGUCCAUGGCAAGCGGCUAGACUUCAGCGUGGGACGGACGCUGGCGAACAACAAGGGCGUUGUGGCGGCGCCGUUGGCGGUGCAUGGCAAGGUGUUGGAGGCGGUGCAGGAGGUGUUGAGCGCAAAGCUGUAG